CAUAUAAACUAUGCAAAGAAAUUGUCAUUUUCACAAUGGAGUGCAUGAAGAUGCUCUUUUAUUUCAUACCUCUUUUUUGCGUUCACAUCUCUGUUUCCUCGUUUAAACUGACGACACUCCCGAAUGCCUUUAAUCUGACCAGUAUAGAAGAGCGGUUGACCAAUCUAGAGCAGACGACAGAACGUCGUCUGGCAGUGACGGAGCGCGUCAUAGGACAACUGCUGACUGGACAAGCUGACGAAAAUUUGGAAACUUUGGAUGUUCUAGCUCUAAGAUCUGGCAGACUUAGCACAGCUUUCUCUCCAGUUAUGUUUUCUGCUUACAAAUCUUCUCGUGAGAGCGAUAUUAGUACAAAGGUGACGAUCAGAUUUGACGGAACCUACAUCAACAUUGGAAACCACUACCACACAGAGGAUGGUAUCUUCAUUGCUCCCGUCACAGGGGUCUAUAUGUUCCACUGGACCAUUGUGAAUAACAAGUCUUCGUUCACCACUCAGCUGAUGGUGGCAGGAACCCCACGGGCUUCAAACCUAAUUCCUUUUCCUGGCGGAAGAGACUCCAGUUCAGCAAUGGUCAUCAUCAGUGUCAACAAGGAUGAUCACGUCUGGAUCCAGAUCUAUGGGUCCUCAGUAUACGUGUUUGGUGGUGGAACAUCAUACAAUAACCAUCAGUCAACAUUCACUGGAAUUCUAUUGCAAAAGGCAUAGCGCGAUAUAAAAAAAAUCAAAAUAUCUUUUGCAUCCAUAAAAUAACAAAUUAUUAAGUUUCAUUCGCUCUUUAGUGCUGUGAUGAUUUAGGUCAAUAUUAUAAUUUUGUAAGAGAUAUUAUUUCUAAAGUAUAUCUUUUUUAAAUAGAGCUACGUUUUUACAUGCUAGAAUCUAGAUGAUAUUUUAAGAUGGAUGAAGAUGGACUAGAGAAAUAAAAAAAACAUUCAUUUGAAAAUCCUGUUUGCGGUUUGAUGUCAUGUAAAUUGAAAGUUGAAUGAUUAAGGGAUUGAUGAUUUGUAUUAAUGGACUUUUUAAAUAAUAAAUUUGGAAAUAUG